AUGCACGAGGUGUUACACUACACUUUUGAAUCUCUUCCAGCAAAUUUUGAACCAGAGAACCUUGUUGCGCUCAAAAUGACUUUUAGUUCUCUUGUUCAACUUUGUAAGGAGCCAAAGGAAUUUGACAAGUUGACAAUCCUCAAUUUAAGUUUUUCUGAGAGUUUACUCAGCACGCCCAAUUUUUCAGAUAUCCCACAUCUGCGGAGAGUUGUCCUGAAAGGUUGUGUUAGCUUGGUAAAGGUUGAUCCAUCCAUAGGGAAUCUUAAAAAGCUUAUUUUUCUGGACAUGGAAAACUGCAAAAAUGUUGAGUUGUUAUCAAGUAGUAUUCAGAUGGAAUCUCUUGAAAGCUUUAACCUCUCUGGUUGUGAGAAACUAGAAACAUUUCAAGAAAUAAGGGGGAAAAUGGACUUGCUAUCAGAGCUCCUUUUAGGCCGUACCGCAAUAGGGGAGCUGCCCUCAUCAAUAGGACGGCUAAAUGGUGUCAGCUUGCUUGAUUUGCAUUCAUGUAAGAACCUUGUAACACUCCCAACCAAUGUUUCUGAGAUGAGAAAGCUAAGAAUUUUGAAUCUUAAAGGCUGCUCAAAACUUGAAAUCUUUCCAGAGAGCCUAGUUGAUCUACAACAGCUGGAGGAGCUCUAUGCUGGCAACACAGCCAUUCUUCAACUACCAGAUUCUAUUCGAAACUUCAGCAAACUUGAAGUCCUGUCACUAAGAAGAGGAAAUAAGUGCCAAUUCUCUGGGAGUUUGAUACUCCCAUCUUCAUUUGGUGAUUUGCACACGUUGAGAAGCUUAGAUCUCAGUGGUUGUUGUUUAUCUGGUGAUGAAGUUAAUGCUCUUAUACUCUUGCCCUAUUUAUUGGAAUUAAACCUGUAGAAAUAAGUUUACUUCUUUACCUGACGGCAUCAGUCGGCUUUGUCGACUUCAAUAUCUCAACAUAACAUGCUGUCAGAAACUGAAAGGACUUCCCAAACUUCCUUCAAGUAUAGAGGAAUUAUAUGCAGAUGAUUUUCUGGCCAAACAAAGUACUAAAGAGCUACAGAUGUAUCUGAGAUUGAAUUUGGUCUCCUUCACCAGUUAUAGAUUUGAUCAACCAUCUUAUAAAGAAAAGAGCAGUGGAAGCUCAGUUUUGGAUGAGAUCUUCUGUUUGUUUCUCUCAAACAAUAUGGAUGAUGUGCUCAUCCCUUCCCUUAACUCUGAUCACCGUGUAAGUUGCUCUAUUGUCUUUCCUGGAGCUGCAAUUCCCACGUGGUUUAAACAUCAAAGUACUAAGCAAACGAUCUCGUUUGAACUGCCCAAGGAUUGGUACAAUGAUGAGUUUGAGGGCUUUGCUAUAUGCUGUGUGACCCUCAUGGGAGCAGGUUUCUUUGAUCCUGAUUCGGGGCUGUCAGGGAAGUAUGACUAUACAUUCAUCAAAGCCAAAUUGAUACACAAUAAUACAGUGCUAGAGAAAGAAUGUAAAGUGGGCACGGUAUCCAGAACUUAUGGCUGGUGUGUUUGCUUUACCUGCAUACCAUUGUAUUCUUCGCUGCAGGCAUCUGGCGCAGCAGACGUUAAGAACCUUAACCAGUAUCGCCUAUUUGAGGCAUCUAUCCCGGGGCGCAUUGUGAGACAAUGGGGAGUUCAGUUGAUCUACAAGGGUAAUAGCCAAUUUUAUCGUAAUCGCCGCAGUCUACAGAGGUUGAUUGGAAUUCAAUCAAACUUUGCUGCAUUAUGAAGCCUGUCAGUAAGUAGCUCUGUGUUGGAUCAUGACGGGAACUACUAAGGAAAACUAUCGGAGGCUGUUAUUAUCAAUGUAAAAUAUCAUUGGGAUUAUUGUACAAUGAGGGACAGAAAGAUACGAUAGGAAAACAACUUUUUGAAGAAGGAUAAUGUGAAUUAUAAAAAUCCAUGAA